UAAAAAUCAUUUCCAAACUCACCUCAAAAUUAUCUCAACGCAGCGCAAAGAAAAAUAAACAGACAGACUACUCCAAAAUCACUUUAUCAAAUCCCAAACUGAAACAACAAAAUCCUAGUCAAGCUCGAGAUUAUCGAACUCAAACUCACUAUUUUUAGAGAGAGAGAAAGGAAAGAAAAUCUAGCGAGCGAGAGACAGAGAAAAGAAUACAGAAAGAAAUGUCAGAAGCCCAUAAAGAUCCAGCUAUUAAGCUAUUUGGAAAGACAAUUCUUCCUUUACCUCUAUGUAGCAGCGAGAAUUCAGUCAUAUCCAUAGAUGGAGGAGGAAAUCAUGACUUCUCUAAUCAAGAUUUUGGGAAUUCACCGGAGAAUUUCAGGGAUAAUAAUGAAACAAGUCAAGCAGUUCUACAAGAUAAGAAUACAGAAGUAAGAGAACCUACUGAAGCUAACGACAAAGAUGGAGCAUCAGCUAUGGCUCUUGAAGAGCUAACAAUUCCUAGUACGUCCUCUGGAAUGAAUGACAACCCUAAAACACCAUCAUCUGACAAAGAAACUGCACUACAGAAUACAGAAGAAGAAAAUAGCGAAACUAGUGCCUCACAAGAUAAGACUCUAAAGAAGCCUGACAAAAUUCUUCCAUGUCCUCGCUGUAAUAGCAUGGACACAAAGUUUUGUUACUACAACAAUUACAAUGUUAACCAACCACGACACUUCUGCAAGAACUGCCAAAGAUAUUGGACAGCUGGUGGAACCAUGAGAAAUGUUCCAGUUGGUGCUGGACGUAGAAAGAACAAGAAUUCAGCUUCCCAUUACAGACAGUUGUCCGUUUCUGAGACCAUUCAUACAGCUAAUACUAAUAUUUCUGAUGGGAUUCAACAUCCAGCUUUUAAACGCAAUGGAACGGUUCUCACUUUUGGACCAGACAAUCCCUUAUGCGAGUCUAUGGCUUCGGGUUUGAGCCUUGCAGACCAAACAAUGUUAAAGAAUGGAUUUCACCGGUCAGAAGAUCAAAAAAUUCCAGAUUCUUGUGGAGGAACGAACGAUGAAGAGAACUCGAGCAGAUUUUCUUCAACUGCUUCUAAUUCUACUCAAGGAAGUAGAAUUGCAUUGCACGAACCAGUGAUGCCGAAUUGUCAUGGUUUCACUCCACAAAUGGCAUGCUUUCCAGGGUCUCCUUGGGGCUAUCCAUGGAACUCAGCUCAGUGGAAUUCAGCAGUACCUCCUCCCGGUUUUUGUGCUUCGAGCUUUCCCAUACCGUUUUAUCCUGCAGCUCCUUAUUGGGGUUGUGCAGUUCCAGGAAAUUGGAGCCUUCCUUGGUUAGCUCCAUCAUCUUCUGCACCUAUUUCAGGCGGUCCACCUCCACCGGGAUCUAGUACUACAUUAGGAAAGCAUACAAGAGAAGGUGACACAGUUAAACAAAAUGUUCCAGUAAAUGAAGAUAAACCAGCACAAAGUAAUUCAUCAGAGAGAAGUCUUUGGAUUCCUAAGACUUUGAGGAUUGACGAUCCUGGUGAAGCUGCAAGGAGUUCCAUAUGGGCCACACUAGGGAUUAAAAACGAUAUAGCUGAUUCGGUCAGUGGAGGAAGUCUCUUUAAGGCCUUCCAGUCGAAGUCUAGUGAAAAGAGUCACGUAACGGAAUCCUCACAGGUGUUGCAAGCAAACCCUGCAGCCUUGUCUCGGUCACUAAACUUCCAGGAAAUCUCAUAAUGGGCGUUGCAGGAAACUUUUUAGAAAUGUUUCAUGGCAGUGGAAUGGGUUCAUUGAGGUGGCUUUCACCACAUGUUGUUUCCAUGUAGAAUACGUCGAUCCAUCAGCUACAUUCCACGACAUCCUAGAAAACGAGGUUGAAGAUCUUGUUUCCGUGGUGUGAAAUUACUAUUACUACAGAGUAGCUUAAUUUAGAUGAAUUCCUAUUUCGUUUUUUGACCUUAAAAUUAGAUGGUUUGCUUGCUCAGGUGGAGUUCAUGUACAUAUCAAUAUAUGGAUUAGGGAGAGAUUCUUAGCUCUACCAAUUUCUCAGAUGUACUAAAAUAAAAUUUGUGAAUUAAAUCAGGAAUUUCUUCUUCA